UUGGGUGCAGCUCCACCAGAGAAGGAAGCGGAGUUUCCGGCUGUUUGCAGCGGAGGGAGAGGAUUGCUGACGCCGCGAAACCCCGAGAAAAACGCCGCCGGCUCGGGGGCUAAGAGUUUGUAGCAUCUGUAGUGGUCGUUUUCUUUCAUAUCGGGGGAUCUGGGGGCAGGUGAUUUUUUUAUAACGGGCCGAGGGGGUCGGACAGCACACCGAGCAAAGAAGCGGCACAAGGCGGGGGUGAGCCACCAGCUACCGGCAUGGCCAGGGACUACGAUUACCUCUUCAAGCUGCUAAUCAUCGGUGACAGUGGAGUGGGGAAGAGCAGUCUCCUCCUGCGAUUUGCAGACAACACAUUUUCAGGUAGCUAUAUCACCACGAUUGGGGUAGACUUCAAGAUCCGGACGGUGGAGAUCAACGGGGAGAAGGUGAAGCUACAGAUCUGGGAUACAGCGGGACAGGAGCGCUUCCGCACCAUCACCUCCACAUACUACAGGGGAACGCAUGGGGUCAUAGUGGUAUACGACGUCACGAGUGCAGAGUCAUUUGUCAACGUCAAACGAUGGUUACAUGAAAUCAACCAGAACUGUGACGAUGUGUGCCGAAUAUUAGUGGGGAACAAGAACGACGACCCCAACUCCAAGGUGGUGGAGACGACUGACGCGCAGAAGUUUGCUGAGCAGAUGGGAAUCAGUCUGUUUGAGACGAGUGCAAAAGAGAACAUCAACGUUGAAGAGAUGUUCAACUGCAUCACAGAGCUAGUGCUAAGAGCCAAAAAGGAGGUGCUAGCCAAGCAGCAGCAGCAGCAACAGAACGACGUGGUCAAACUCACCCGGAACAGUAAACGAAAGAAAAAGUGCUGCUAGCAAACUCGAAGCCAUCCACAAAAGGCCGACGGCGUCUUUUCUUCACACACAUAUACACGCAGACACACACACACACACAUAUACAAUGGGACUCAGAGCAUCUAAAUUAAAGAGCAGAUAAAGAUUUAAUAAAUAUACGGUGAAAGAUUUAAAAAAAAAAAAAAAUGGAAAUGAUGUCCCCUUUGGACAAACUAAUCAUGAAGACUUUAAAAAAAAUGUA